CAGCAACGGGUGGGAGCGCUAGGUCGCCGCCAGCCUUCGCCUCCCAGCCCCGCUCCUGUCUCCGCCCCUUGCUCUAGCGGAGAACGCUCGGAGAAGCCCGGGCGCCCACCCCGGCUAGCUAACCGGGCGGCUCCCUUUCAGCCCCAAUUUCGAGCUCUAACUUCGGAGCGCUUCGCCUGCUCCAGGUCCUGACGGAACCGCGGAGGCCCAGGCUCGAGUCCACCGCAGUCAGCGCCCUCGUCGUCCUCGGACGCGCCGCGCGGGUCCUUCCCGACCCGGCUGUGUGUGUGCAGUCGUGUGCGCAGGCUGGGGCGGCUGCGGGAGGCCGGCCGUCGUGUUGGGCUCCGCUCUCGUAGGGAACUUCACGCUGGAGAGCCAAAAGGAGUGGAAGAGCCUGUCUUGGAGAUUUUCCCGGGGAAAUCCUGAGAUCAUUCAUUAUGAAGUGUACCGCGCAGGAGUGGCUCAGAGUAACCACAGUGCUAUUCAUGGCUAGAGCAAUUCCAGCCAUGGUAGUUCCUAAUGCUACUUUAUUGGAGAAACUUUUGGAAAAGUACAUGGAUGAGGAUGGUGAGUGGUGGAUGGCCAAGCAAAGAGGGAAAAGGGCCAUCACAGACAAUGACAUGCAGAGUAUCUUGGACCUUCAUAAUAAAUUACGAAGUCAGGUGUAUCCAACAGCAUCUAAUAUGCAGUAUAUGACAUGGGAUGUUGAGCUGGAAAGAUCUGCAGAAUCCUGGGCGGAAAGUUGUUUGUGGGAACAUGGACCUGCAAGCCUACUUCCAUCAAUUGGGCAGAAUUUGGGAGCCCACUGGGGAAGAUAUAGACCCCCAACAUUUCAUGUACAAGCAUGGUAUGAUGAAGUGAGAGACUUUAGCUACCCGUAUGAACACGAAUGCAACCCGUAUUGUCCAUUCAGAUGUUCUGGACCUGUGUGUACUCAUUAUACACAGGUGGUGUGGGCAACAAGUAACAGAAUAGGCUGUGCCAUUAAUUUGUGUCAUAACAUGAACAUUUGGGGGCAAAUAUGGCCUAAAGCUGUCUACUUGGUGUGCAACUAUUCCCCAAAGGGAAACUGGUGGGGUCACGCCCCCUAUAAACAUGGACGGCCCUGUUCUGCCUGCCCACCUAGUUUUGGAGGAGGCUGCAGAGAAAAUCUAUGCUACAAAGAAGGAUCAAACAGGUAUUACCCUCCUCAAGAAGAAGAAACAAAUGAAAUUGAACGGCAGCAGUCACAAGUCCGGGACACCCACGUUCAGACAAGAGCAGAUGAUAGUAACAGAAAUGAAGUCAUAAGCACACAGCAAAUGUCCCAAAUUGUUUCUUGUGAAGUAAGAUUAAGAGAUCAGUGCAAGGGAACAACCUGCAAUAGAUAUGAAUGCCCUGCUGGCUGUUUGGAUAGUAAAGCCAAAGUUAUUGGCAGUGUACAUUAUGAAAUGCAAUCCAGCAUUUGUAGAGCCGCAAUUCAUUAUGGCAUAAUAGACAAUGAUGGUGGUUGGGUGGAUAUCACUAGACAAGGAAGAAAACAUUAUUUCAUCAAAUCCAAUAGAAAUGGUGUUCAGACAAUUGGCAAAUAUCAGUCUGCUAAUUCCUUCACAGUCUCUAAAGUGACAGUUCAGGCUGUCACUUGUGAAACAACUGUGGAACAGCUCUGUCCCUUUCAUAAGCCUGCUUCACAUUGCCCAAGAGUCUACUGUCCUCGUAACUGUAUGCAGGCAAAUCCACAUUAUGCUCGUGUAAUUGGAACUCGAGUUUAUUCUGAUCUGUCCAGUAUCUGCAGAGCAGCAGUACAUGCUGGGGUGGUUCGAAAUCAUGGUGGUUAUGUUGACGUCAUGCCUGUGGACAAAAGAAAGACUUACACUGCGUCUUUUCAGAAUGGAAUCUUCUCAGAAAGUUUACAGAAUCCUCCAGGAGGAAAGGCAUUCAGAGUAUUUGCUGUCGUGUGAAAUGGAACACUUGGAAGAGGAUCGUAAAGACUAUUCCAAAUGCCAUAUUUCUGAAGUUUGUAUAAAAUUGUAACAUUACUGUACAGAAGAUAUCAACUAUUUUCAGCCCCCAAAAAAGUGCCAAAUGCAUAUAAAUCUUGAUAGACAAAACCUGUAAAAAUAAAACAUGGGACAUUAUUAGCUUCAGGAAAGGUAAUGAAUAUGUAAUGGUUUUAGAAAUCCUGUGUUAAAUAUUGCUAUAUUUUCUUAGCAGUUAUUUCUAUAGUUAAUUACAUAGUCAUGAUUGUUCUACAUUUCACAUGUUCUUUUAUAUGGUGCUUUGAAUAUGCCACUAAUAAAAUGAAUCUAAACAUUGAAUGUGAAUGGCCCUCAGAAAAUCAUCUGGUGCAUUUAAAUAUAAUCAACUC